UGCAGUCUCUGGCAGACACUUAGCCCAUUCCCACUCCCUCUGUUCUAGCACCACCGAGCUCAGUCACCGCAGCGCAGCACAAGUCGCUUACUCGCCCUCCCUCCAGACCACCACUCCUCUCGUCCCCCUCAAAACCAAGAGAUGAAGGUCACCUUGUCCUCUGCUCUGCUUUGCCUCGCACUCUGCCUCAGCGCAGCAGCCGGAGUCAGCGCAAGCCCAAGCGCAAGCGCAAGCACGACCACGUCCUCUCCCCCACUCUCGCUCCCUGCCUCUGCGGACGCCGCUGCAGUCGAGCUGCACUCGCGCAGUAGGAUGCUGGGCACCGUCUUCGACAAGAUCAAGCUGAACAAGGCGAAGCUCGAGUCCAAGGAGCUCAAAUCGAAGCAGCCCAAGAGCAAGAAAAAGUUCGCCUACUCUUUCAAGAGGCCCAGGGCGGGAUACCUACCCGUAUUCCCCGCGUCCUCGGAGCGACUCAAACCCCGGGGUGGUCCCUUUCCCAUGUCUUCCCCGUACUACUGGCAAGGACGCCCCAGUAUGAGCAGCACGUUCAGCACCCUCUCCUCCAAGCUCACCACCAAGAUAAACGCCGCCAGACCUCGACCGGGGUCGAGUGUUCCAGGUGCUGGUGGGUUUUCCCCGACAUUUAGUAGGUAUGGUGCGCAUUCGUUGGGGUCGAAGAUUAAGGGGGUGGGGAGAGGGGCGAAGAGGGGUGCGAGGAAGAUCAAGGGUUUUAAGCCGCUGGGAGGAUCGAGGAGGUUGAGGGGGUAUGGAUAUAUUUGAGAUAGAAUGACUUUCGCUUGAAUUGAAGUGGGCUGGACCGAGCUAAAGUGGGUGAAGUGAGCCAGCUUGGGCUGCGCGAGAGAGUGCUGUACUGAAGCCGGGGCAGGUACAACUGUCCUACAGAACAGCUCACCUGGUCUAUGAGCUUGAUGAAAUACAUACAUAGCUAUUACCGACUGACCUGCUUUGCACCAGGCAUUUACUAUACACAUCGACGCUUCGCUCCACUCCAUUCUACUCCACUUGACGCCACUUGACUUUGCGUCUCAUGCUACGAUGCAAUCGGCAAAAAGUUCCCAACGAUCGCCGUCGGUACUCCAAACC